UGGUGAUAGUAUCCCCAUUUUGCAGAUGGGGAACCUGAAGCAGACAGGGGUAAGUGAUCUGCCCGAGGUCACACAACUGGUAGGAUUUGCAUCUAGAGCUUCUUGACUAUGCACUGAGAGCAUCACCAGGCUAACCCCGGACGGACGCCUUCCUUUUCUUGAUGCAGACAAAGGUGCCCUUAACCUCCUUGGCCACCACGUCCCACUUCUGAGUCAGAUUGAGACCCCACGAUCUUUUGUAGACAAGCUGCUGCCUGGCCAUGUCAGAUUGUCCUGGGUUCCCCUUUUAGGACGAAGCUUCCAGACACCAUGGUCCAUGCGUUCCUGAUCCAUACGCUGAGUACCCAGGCCCCUGGGGAUGCUGCCUUCUGCCGAGUGCUGUACUCUCGAGUAUUUGGGUCAGAGAGGUCACCGGAUGACCCCAGGCCUCACGGUCCAGAGAGGGACAGACUGCUCAGGAAGGAGCAGCUAUUGGCCGUAGCAAGACAGGCAGAAUCAGCGUGUAAGCUGCUGCAGCAGGCGUCGGGCCGGCCUCCCAUGGAUCUGCUCCCCCAGUCCUCUGAUGAGCCCAUCCCCCUGCACGAUGCCCCCUUAGGGGUCUUCCGCCUUCGGCCUGGGGACCCUUUCCAGGAAGCCAAGGUCGCCGUGUGGCUUGGGGUCCUGUCGCUGGGCUGUGUCUUGGUUUGUGAACCCCACGAGAAUCUGCUGCUGGCUGAGAGCACCCUGCGCCUGCUCGCCCGCCUCCUCCUGGAUCACCUGAAGCUGCUCUCCUCGGGCAGCGACGUCCUCCUCAGAGCGGACCGCAUCGAGAUCAUCCUCAACCACUUCCUUCCGCAGGGCCAGCUGCUCUUUCUCAAUGACCAGUUUGUUCAGGGAUUGGAGAAAGAACUGAGUGCUAGCUUGUCCAGGUGAGGGCCUCCCAUGAGCUGGCCAGGCCAGGCCUGGGGCCGAGAGGGGGCCCUGCCGAGGCAGGCCAUUCCACUCGGUUUGGGGUACAGAAGGUGGCAUUGCCCUAAGGGCCCCUGCAAGGAUUGACCGCUGGGUCUGGCUUGUCAGAAGAAGCAGUGUUUCUGAGAACCCAGAGUUCUCUGUCUCCGCUCACUCUGCUUCCUGAGGAGAGCUCUCCCCUCUGGCCCCACGCAGGUCUUGGCUGGCUCAUUGCCCUUCAGGUUGCUCCAGUCUGGGCUUGGGUUUGAAUGGAGAGACCGAAGCCACCACAUGGUUCCUUUACUGUCCCUGGAUACAAAUGCAGACACUGUCGCAAGAUGCCCAGGCCACCCAGCAUCAGUGAUGCCUUCUAGGCCCCUCUCCCGUGCCAGUCAUCACGGGCAAUAAUAUGUUUCAGUCCUCCAUCCACCGCGUAUCUCUACGUUGCUUUGAGUCACCCUUCGCUGUGGUUUUUAUGACAAUACAGAGUUCCGGGAUUUCAAGCUAUGUCACAUUGCCAAGAGAAUUCUGGUAUGGAGAAGGUGUCUGGGUCAUGCAUCCUGUGUUGUGCCUCCCGGAAAUCCUUUUAGGGAGGGAUGCCCCGGUGAUUUUCUAAAUUACACCUGUGGAAGAGGUCCAUUAGGAAGUGUUCCCAGGGGUGACUUCUGUGGCAUUCAGGCCAUAGCAUGGGCUGACUGUAAGGGCUGGCCAAUGGUAGAAGGGAGAUAGUAGUUUUGGAGACCAUAGUUUUCACCACUUGAGUUUGUCUAACCUUGUAUUUUGUUUAUGCUUCCUGGUGUAUGUGUUAUAUUCUCUGAUAAAAUGUAAGCUCCCAGAGGACAGGGAAUGGUUUCAUUUCUCUUUUGCACCCCCGGGGCUUAGCCUUCUGCCUGGCAUGGAGCGGUGCUUAAUAAAAGUUUGUGGAUUGAUCGGC